AUGCCCGAUUUCCCCUCAACAACUGACACUCCCCCGAUGGAGUCGCGAAUCAUUCCUCGGAUCCUGCCUGAAGAUUUCAACGUACCAAACAAGGAAACACUCGAUUUGAUCAUGAAUUUCGAAGAGAGCCAGGGCAGAUUCAAUCGAAGACGCGAAUUCGAAACUUCUGCUCAGCCAAAAUGCAACGGAGAAGCGCUUCAGCUGAACUUAGAAUGCGAAGGAUGCCAUGUUGGAUUCCCCAAACUCGAUCUUUGCGUUCGUUUCAGCAGAGAAGACAGUCUGCGCGACGAGAGCGAAUUCAAGUGCAAAAUCGACUGCGGCCCUGGUUUCAAAAUCGCCGAUGGUUUCAACAAAGUCAAGUGUACGAAGGACAAGUGGAAGCAUCUGAAGAAGGACGUCAAGGAGAAGACCUGCGUCCGAGUUUAA